AUGCCCGCCUUCCUCCAACGCGUCGUCCACAACGACGCCAUGAAGCACGACCCGACCGAGAUCUACGGCUGGCGCGUCUACAUGCUCGCGUGCAGCGCGUGCUUCGGGGGCAUGCUGUUCGGGAUGGACAUUGGCAUCAUCGGCGGCGUCAUCACGCUGCCGGCGUUCAAGCACGACUACGGGCUCGAGCACCUGGAUGACGAGGGCGUCGCCAACUUGAGCGCCAAUAUCGUCUCCACCCUGCAGGCCGGCUGCUUCGCCGCUUGCUUCGUUGCCAGCUAUGUCGCUGAUCGGCUGGGUAGGCGCUGGGGCUUGCUUAUUGCGGCCAUGGUCGCCAUUGUCGGCUGUGUUAUGCAGGCGGCGGGGAUGGGCCAUAUUGCCGUUAUGUAUGUUGGGAGAUUCAUCGCCGGCAUGGGCGUCGGCGCCGCCAGCAUGAUCGUCCCGCUCUACAUCUCCGAAAACGCACCUCGGGCCAUCCGCGGCGGCCUCACAGGGAUCUACCAGCUCUUUAUCGCGACGGGCACCAUGCUCGCCUUCUGGACGAACUACGGCUCCGGCGAGCACCUCACAGGCAUCAACACGUACAUCGUGCCCCUAGCGGUCCAAGCCCUCCCUGCCGUCCUCCUCCUCUUCAGCAUGUACCUGUGCAACGAGUCGCCCCGCUUCCUCGCCAAAGCCGACCGGUGGGACGACGCGACGCGCGUGCUGACACGCGUGCGGCAGCUGCCGGCCUCGCACCCGUACAUCCAGGCCGAGCUGAAGGAGAUUGCGGACCAGCUGCGGCACGAGCGCGAGAUGGUGGGCGGUGCAAGCUUCAAGGACUUGAUGCGCGAGAUGUGGACCAUUCCCGGGAAUCGCAAGAGGGCGGGCAUUAGUGUGUUUUUGAUGGUGUGUCAGCAGAUGACGGGCACCAACGCAAUAAACUACUACGCGCCCACCAUCUUCCAAGGCCUCGGCAUCAAAGGCACGCAAACCGGGCUCUUCGCAACAGGGAUCUACGGCGUCGUAAAAAUGCUCACCUGCGCGGCGUUCCUGCUCUUCGUCGCCGACAGCUUAGGGCGACGGCGCAGCCUCCUCUGGACAUCGAUCGCGCAAGGCCUCUGCAUGUUCUACGUGGGGCUGUACGUGCGCAUCUCGCCGCCCGAGAAGGGCGCCUCGGUGCCGCCGGCCGGCUACGUCGCCCUCGUGUGCAUCUUCCUGUUCGCCGGCUUCUUCCAGUUCGGCUGGGGGCCUGUGUGCUGGAUCUAUGUCAGCGAGAUCCCGUCGGCCAGGCUAAGAAGCAUGAAUGUCGCGCUGGCGGCGGCCACGCAGUGGCUGUUUAAUUUCGUGGUCGCGAGGGCGACGCCCAAUAUGCUGGCGACGGUGGGCAGGGCGGGCUAUGGCGCGUUUUUGAUCUAUGGCUGCUUUUGCUUUAGCAUGUUUUUCUUUGUGUGGUUUUUCGUGCCCGAGACGAAGGGCCUCUCCCUCGAGCGCAUGGACGACCUCUUCGGCGUCACCGAGCUGGCGGGAAAACGCCGCGAGCACGACGCCGAGCUCCAGCACGGCGCUGCCACUGCUCCUGCUGCUGCUGCUGGCGGGGCGCGCGACCCCGAGAAGAGCGCUGGCGCGCACGCGGUCGAGUACGCGGAGAUAGCGCCGGUGGUGGUGGCGGGGCGGACGGACGGGUUGAGGGCGUAG